AUGGCUACACACAUGAACGAAUCAUCGACUCCUUCAGGAGCCUCGACUCCUGCCCCAAGUCAUCAUGGUGCGGCUACGCCCGCUAUGCAGAGACGAGGCAGCUCGUUUGGAGGAUUAGGUCAACAUGCGCCCAGCGGAGUCCAAACGGGAACCUCCACACCGGCGGUCGGUGAUGCCACGAUGAAGGACAAGGACCAUCAUGGGGCUCACACAUCACACUUGAUCGGAUUCAUGAGGCAUCAUCACAAGGAUCACAAGGACAAGGAUAAUGAAGCUGAAAAGUCUCAUUCAUCUUUGGCCAGCUUUUUCGGUCACAGCUCUGAGAAAAAAGAGAAAAAGAAGCGUUCCGAAUCCAGACCAGGUUCUGCUGUGCCUUCCAGGACUCCGACAUUGCACACCAUUGAGCAGGAGAGCCUACCAUCUACACCGAUCGGCUCGCAUCAGCCUUCACCAGCGACCACUCCAGGUAUCGCCACGCCGAGGAAUGCCGGCAACUACCCUGGAGUUCCCUAUCCAGUCGUCGCCUUGACUCAUCCGUCUUUACACGAAGCGACGCAUGCGCAUCUUUCCAAGAAGUAUGGUAAAUGGGGCAAGGUGCUGGGAUCAGGUGCAGGCGGUACAGUGCGGCUGAUCAAGGCGAACGCAAAGCAGGGCGGAUCAACUUACGCCGUCAAAGAAUUCAGACCUCGACGCCAGGGCGAAUCGGAGAAAGAGUAUCAGCGAAAAGUCACUGCAGAGUUCUGUGUCGGCGUGACCCUCAGGCACGUCAAUGUCAUUGAGACGGUCGAUAUCGUCAAUGAUCACGGGCAUUACUACGAGAUCAUGGAAUAUGCCCCAUACGAUCUAUUUUCAGUGGUCAUGUCUGGCAAAAUGUCUCGGCCUGAAAUCUAUUGCGUAUUCAGACAGAUUAUCGAUGGUGUCAAUUAUCUCCACUCGAUGGGUCUCGCACAUCGUGAUCUCAAGCUGGACAAUUGUGUCAUGACGCCAGACAACAUUGUCAAGCUCAUCGAUUUUGGGACAGCGACAGUGUUUCACUACCCUGGCAAGCAUCAAAUUCCAGCAUCUGGGGUGGUGGGGUCGGAUCCAUAUCUUGCGCCCGAGGUGCUGAGCAGAGACACAUAUGACCCGCGAUUGACCGAUGUCUGGUCGGUUGCCAUUAUCUUCAUGUGCAUGGUUCUCAGACGGUUCCCAUGGAAGAUUCCCGACUACAAGACGGACAUGUCCUACAGGUUGUACGUCAAUACACAUCCGGAAUUGUGCCAGAAGCCCGAGAUUCCCACCCCUACUCCAUCCGUUGCGAACGGCGUCGAGUCCUCGGCCAAGAUGGGAGGCCCUCACACAUUAUUGGCAGAUGGCACAAGCUCGCUACCUUUCCGAACGCAAACAUCCACUUCGACCGCAUCGACCGCUGUAGAUGCCAAGCAGCCGGAAACGGAUAACCAAGAAGCAAGCUCAUCGUCAUCUGAUGAUGAAAAGUCAAAAACACCCUCUAUUGCGACUUUGCAUCUGCGGUCCUCUCCCACUGAGACACAGGAUCCUUCUGAUCAAUAUUUCCCUCGUCGAAGUGACACAGCCGUCUCAGUGCCGGAUCACCCUACGCCUCGAUCACCGUACAAUGCUCAGAGGCACGGAACCCUACCGCCAUCUGCGAAUCUUGCAUCACCUCAAGCGGAUCGACAGAGACCCGGUCCUCAUUCUCGUGCGCGUUCGAGCACAACCCCUACAUCGCCUGCCCCUAUGAGCCCGGUUUCUGAGAUGACUGCCUCUCCUUCGAGAGCACCUUCACGGAUGGAGCAGCAGGCCAAGCGGGAGCGAGCAGCGUCUAUCUCGUCGACUCGAACCUUCCAGAGUGGUGGUGCCGAGUCCAUCUUCAGGCUUUUACCCAGAGAGUCUCGCUCUGCCAUCAUGAGAAUGCUCGCUGUGGAGCCGACUAUCCGGUGCACAUUGAAUGAUCUGCUCGUCGGACGCGGCAAUGACGAGAUGAUGUGUCCUUGUGGAUCUCCUGGCUGUGGUGGAAACCUCGCUGCUCCCCCCGCUGAAAUCACAGGACUCGGCAUCGACGAGGCGGACGAAGGCGAUGAAUGGGUCAAGAACAUUGAUUGUUGUAGCCAUCAUAUCGGCAAACCUAGUAAUCAUUCGCAUAUCAAGGUCACGGUCGAGGAGAAGCCCAAAAAGAAGUUGUUCCAUUAG